AUGUUCGAUGUAACCUCUCGUGUCACCUACAAAAACGUACCGCAUUGGCAUAGAGAUUUAGUGCGAGUUUGUGAAGGAAUCCCAAUUGUAUUGUGUGGCAACAAAGUUGACAUCAAAGACAGGAAAGUCAAGGCGAAAACAAUCGUGUUCCACAGGAAAAAGAACUUACAGUAUUAUGACAUCUCUGCUAAGUCAAACUAUAACUUUGAAAAGCCAUUCUUGUGGUUAGCUAGAAAGUUGAUUGGUGAUGGAAACUUAGAGUUUGUUGCUAUGCCUGCUCUCCUGCCUCCGGAAGUUACGAUGGACCCACAAUGGCAGAACCAGAUCGAAAAGGAUCUCAAAGAGGCCCAGGACACAGCACUGCCUGAGGAGGAUGAAGAUUUGUGA